CCCAACCCUCCUCUUCCUCUUCCUCUCCCUCUCUGUUCGCCGUCGCGAGAGAAGGAUGGCGGCGGCGGUGGCGGCGGCCAGCAUGGGGGUGGUGAGGGAGGUGCUGGGGAGCGACCUCGUCGACGAGGUCGACCAGCCCAUCAUUGACUACAUCGCCAACGUCCUCGCCGACGAGGACUUCGACUUCGGCGCCCCCGACGGCCACGGCAUCUUCCACGCGCUCGGCGACCUCCUCAUCGACGCCGGAUGCGUCGCCGACGAACAACACUGCCUCGAGGUCUGCAGUAAGCUCUGUGAAAAAUUUGGAAAGCAUGGUCUGGUGAAACCUAAACAAACUAUGCGAAGCCUUGCCACACCUUUACGUAUGAAUGAGGGAAUGGAUGAUAAGGUUGCCCCCAAAAAACAAGCUGAUGUAUUUGAGGGACCCUUGCUAUCAUCACGCGACAAAGCCAAGAUUGAACGGAAGAAGAGAAAGGAUGAGAGGCAAAGAGAGGCUCAAUACCAAAUGCAUGUUGCUGAAAUGGAGGCGCUUAGGGCUGGAAUGCCUCCAGUAUUCGUAAAUCACAAUAACUCUGGUGGCCCAGCUGUUAGGGAUAUCCACAUGGAGAACUUCAAUGUUACUGUUGGCGGUCGUGAUCUUAUUCAAGAGUGCACUAUAACACUUGCUUUUGGAAGGCAUUAUGGUCUUGUUGGAAGGAAUGGUACAGGGAAAACUUCUUUUCUUAGAGCUAUGGCGAUGCAUGCAAUUGAUGGGAUUCCCAAGAACUGCCAGAUAUUGCAUGUUGAGCAAGAGGUUACAGGUGAUGACACAACAGCUUUGCAGUGUGUUCUGAAUGCGGAUGUCGAACGGGUUCAACUUUUGCAAGAAGAGGCCCAUCUGGUCCAACAACAGAAAGAUCUAGAGUAUGAGGCGGAGUUUGAACAGAGCACGUCCAAGAGCAAGGGUGGUCUUGACAAAGAUGCUAUCAGCAAGAGGCUUGAGGAGAUAUACAAGCGCCUUGAGUUUAUUGAUGCUGAUGCUGCAGAGGCUCGUGCAGCAUCAAUUCUGGCGGGUCUUAGUUUCACUCCUGAAAUGCAACGCAAACGCACAAAACAGUUCUCUGGUGGAUGGCGCAUGAGAAUUGCUCUAGCACGUGCAUUAUUCAUUGAGCCUGAUUUGUUGCUACUUGAUGAGCCAACAAAUCAUCUCGAUCUCCAUGCCGUGUUAUGGUUAGAGACAUAUCUGCUGAAAUGGCCAAAGACAUUCAUUGUCGUAUCACACGCUAGGGAGUUUCUUAAUACGGUCGUCACCGACAUUCUUCAUCUACAUGGUCAAAAGCUACACGCUUACAAAGGUGAUUAUGAUACAUUUGAGAGGACAAGGGAGGAGCACCUCAAGAACCAGCAGAAAGCCUUUGAAACAAAUGAGAAGGCCAGAUCCCACAUGCAGGCAUUCAUUGACAAGUUCCGUUACAAUGCAAAGAGAGCAUCACUUGUCCAAUCAAGAAUCAAGGCAUUGGAGCGAAUGGAGCAUGUUGACGCUGUUGUCAGUGAUCCAGACUAUAAAUUCGAAUUUCCAACACCAGAUGACCGCCCUGGACCACCAAUCAUCAGCUUCAGUGACGCGUCUUUUGGUUAUCCUGGUGGCCCCAUCUUAUUUAAAAACUUGAAUUUUGGUAUUGACCUGGACAGCCGCAUAUCAAUGGUUGGUCCAAAUGGCAUUGGCAAGUCUACUAUACUGAAAUUAAUAUCUGGAGAUCUGCAGCCAACUUCAGGGACAGUGUUCCGCUCGCCCAAGGUCCGCAUGGCUGUAUUCAAUCAACACCAUGUUGAUGGGCUUGAUUUAACAGUGAACCCCCUUCUGUACAUGAUGAGAUGCUAUCCUGGUGUACCUGAACAGAAGCUGAGGGCACAUUUGGGUUCCUUCGGUGUUACAGGAAAUCUUGCCCUCCAACCUAUGUACACUUUAUCAGGUGGUCAGAAAAGUAGGGUUGCAUUUGCAAAGAUCACCUUUAAGAAGCCACACAUUAUUCUUCUUGAUGAGCCUUCUAACCAUCUUGAUCUGGAUGCAGUGGAGGCGCUUAUCCAGGGGUUGCUCGUUUUCCAGGGAGGAGUGCUGAUGGUGAGUCACGACGAGCAUCUGAUAACGGGGAGCGUGGAUGAGCUUUGGGUGGUGUCGGAAGGCAGGGUGUCGCCGUUCGGAGGCACGUUCAAGGAUUACAAGAAGAUGCUCAAGUCUUAAUCUACUCUAGACUCUAGACUCUAGAGAUUGAUGGAUGAUACAUACAGGCAGACAGACAGAGAGAGAAAGGCACCAACAUCUGUAUCGGUGUACCAAAUCGUCCUUGAUGUUUCUUUCGGAUUUUUCCUCUGAA